UGAGGUUACCUGAUUACGAGUUACUGCCCUUUAACUCGUGUAUAGAGUAGGGGGCACUGCAUUUCCAAGAUGGCUUCCAGUGGGCCACUCAUAAAUAACUUCGAAGUACCUUCAUGGGCCAGUAAACCUCCCACAGGUCUUCAUUUAGAUGUAACAAAAGAUGGGAAAAUGAUACAGAAACUUAUGAUAGAUGAAAAGAAAUGUUACUUUUUUGGAAGAAAUAAACUGAUGUGUGAUUUUUGCAUUGAUCAUCAGUCUUGUUCUCGAGUUCAUGCGGCACUGAUUUGGCAUAAGCAUUUAUCCCGGCCAUUCAUCAUAGACUUGGGAAGUACUCAUGGAACAUUCAUUGGUCACAUUCGUUUGGAGUCACGGAAACCACAACAGGUUCCCUUAGACAGUGAAUUACACUUUGGAGCAUCAACUCGUCUGUAUAUCAUUCGAGAACGUCCUCAGAUCACCUCUAACAUGGGGGAUGAGAAAGACAAACGGGCGGAUGAAUUGGAAGGAGGACUCAUGGGUCUGCCAGAGUCAGAAACAGAAUUAGAUAAUUUAACAGAAUUCAAUACAGCCCACAAUAGGCGAGUGACAGCCAUGGUGGAAAUCAACGAAAAUAAAUCAGCAAAUCCUUUGAAAAGGAAACAUAAAAGCAUGCAUGUAAAUUUUGAGGAGGAGGAUGAAGUUAUCAAUCCAGAGGACAUAGAUCCAUCAGUCGGACGGUUUAGGAAUCUUGUACAGACAACAGUAAUACCCAAAAAGCGAGCGAGACUGGAUGGAGGUUUGAAUGCUGGUUCAAUGACAGACAAUAUUACAAAAAGACUACAGAGUUUUUCCUAUGCUACACCAAGUUUAUAUGCUGAUCUUGGCAAUGUGCCAGGGGUGGGUGCAGGAGGUACCCUAAGUAUAGCUCAGAAGCUAGGACUUCCUAUGCCAAAUUUGGCACCAGAUCUGGCUGAGGCAGAACCUGUUGCCCCGGUUAACCCAAUGCCAGCCGUAGUGUUUACAAUGGAGGAAGGCAGCAAAGAACCAAAAAAGAAGAAGUACGCGAAGGAGGCAUGGCCAGGAAAAAAACCUACACAUUCAUUCCUGGUGUAGCCUCAGUGUUGUGUUUUAUGUGGUAUCAUCUUCAGAGGACAGCUGCAAUGGUUCAUGUUUCAUUUUAACGGACAUAUAUUCUAGCGUCAGGCCACCUAAACAUUCAGAUUAUAUGGCCAAAAUGUUGUGAUCAGCUGCCAGAAAAGAAAUACAAUCUCCAUUUUUGUUUUUUUUAAGUUGUAAGUGCAGAAAUCUUUUGUAGAUUUUGGUUGAUUUAUUUGCUACAUUUAACAAACUUCACAUUGCAAAGGAAUCAAGAGCAUUAAAGAAAUUUUGAAAUUUAUUUUGAUUUCGUAUAAUUACCUGGAUAAUUGUCAUCUUAUUAGUGGCUUUAUAGUAAAGUGUUAAAUGCAAUGAAAUUACUGCAUGGCUUUGUGAAGUAUGCGUAUACAUCCAAGUUAAACCAUGGCUUCGUUAAGUAUAUGUUUAUACAUUCAAGAUAACCCAUGGCUACGUUAAGUAUAUGUUUAUACAUUCAAGAUAAGCUAUGGCUUAGUUAAGUAUAUGUAGGUACAUCUUAGUUAACCCUGAGCUUAAUUGAGUAUAUAUGUGUAUACAUCCAAGUUAACCCAUGACUUAGUUGAGUAUAUGUAUGUUUAUACAUUCAAGAUAAGCCAUGGCUAAGUUGAGUAUAUAAUAAUUAUAUGUUUAUACAUUCAAGAUAAGCCAUGGCUUAGUUGAGUAUAUUUAUGUGUAUUCAUCCAAGUUAACCCAUAGGUUUUAAUAGUUGAGUAUAUAUAUAUAAAUGUAUACAUUCAAGAUUAGUCAUGGCUUAGUUAAGUAUAUGUAAGUACAUCUAAGAUAACCUGAACUAAGUUGAGUAUAUAUGUGUAUACAUCCAAGAUAAACCAUGGCUUGGUUGAGUAUAUAUAUGUGUAUACAUCCAAGAUUAGUCAUGGCUUGGUUGAGUAUAUAUAUGUGUAUACAUCCAAGAUUAGUCAUGGCUUAGUUAAGUAUAUGUAAGUACAUCUAAGAUAACCUGAGCUAAGUUGAGUAUAUAUGUGUAUACAUCCAAGAUAAACCAUGGCUUGGUUGAGUAUAUAUAUGUGUAUACAUCCAAGAUUAGUCAUGGCUUAGUUAAGUAUAUGUAAGUACAUCUAAGAUAACCUGAGCUAAGUUGAGUAUAUAUGUGUAUACAUCCAAGAUAAACCAUGGCUUGGUUGAGUAUAUAUAUGUGUAUACAUCCAAGAUAAGCCAUGGCUUAGUUGAGUAUAUAUAUGUGUGUACAUGAUCCCUAGCAGAGUCAUCAAUUUAAAUUUAAUUUAUGAUGCACUCUAGAUCUGUAACAUACCUAAAACUUUAUCCGUGGAGCAGUACAGUGGUAUUUAUACAUAAUACACUGACAUGGGAAACACUGAAUGUAACAUGUCCAACAUCACUGACAUAAAUACUAAGCCAGAGGGGAUUUGUUCACUUUGACUUAAUGUAUGUGUUACGAUUUUAUACAUGGUAGGAUAUGACACUUAGUGUGUGUGUAUAUAUAUAUAUAAGUCAUGCAAAUGUGUUGUCACUCUCUUGAAAAAUUUUCAGCAGUUAUGAAGUUACUUUAAAAAGAAGUGAAUGAUAGAUUGGAAUUUUGUAGAAAACUUUUCCAUCAGUCUGUAAUUUUUUUUCUAUUGGUCAGAAUUAUUAGUCAAUAAUCAAGUUCAAUUUUGAUAUUCCCUCUCAUCCUACAUAUACCAUUGAAAUGUCAUGAAAUAAAACAGUAUAUCCAUUCGAUAGUAUGCAUUGAGGAUUCCUAUGGUUACUUGAAGGUGUAGUCAAGGUCAUAGUUGCCCGGGGUGACUAUAUAGGUUUCUUCUCCGAUCAUCUUGUACGAUGAACAUGAAAUCCAAAGGUUGUCACUGCUCUUACGGCUUCAUUCCUGGAGGGAUUUUGAUAAAACUUCACACAAUGAUAAAGGAUCAUAAUAUCUCAGACAAGUUUAAGUGUUAUUGGGUCAAGCUCACUGUUACUAAUUUUAGCAGAGGCCAGUAAGGGACAUGUAUUGCUUUAGCAUUACCAAGUAUGCUUGUUUAGAUCUUAUUUUUUACUUUAUCCAUAAACGUACAUUUGUCUCAUGAUUUAUAUUAAAAGCAUAAAAUAACAAGUUUUCAUCAUAACACUGGAUAUCAUAAUCUACUCUAGUCACAUUGAUUCCCCGAUCAGUGAAUUUUGAUAUUAAAGUUUCUUUAGAAAGGCUAGUGUUAUAAAAACAUAUACAUGUAUUUUACCAUUGUCGGUAACCCAUGAUACAAUAUAUUCUUGUUACGUGUCUCUUAUGAUAAAAUACAACAUUAAUAUAGCACUCUCUCUCAUUUGCAAGAUUUCUCCAAAGCAUUUCCAGUAAUAAUGAGUUUUAUAUACAGCUGUAUAUCAUAGCAACAUAACCAUCUCAAAGCAGCUCUCAAAUUAUUAUCUGUGGUUAUUGGGCCUUCAGCAACCAGCCAAUGUCUUUCUCAACUCCCUGAGGAGAUGAUGGCCAGAGCUGCCAUUUCUUACACUGCCCUACCAUGUACUCAUUUACAGUUGAGUCGACAGGAACACAAUGGAGUAAAUUAUCUUGUUCAGGACUACAACACAGUACCCAUGCACUCAAACUAGUGACCCCUUGGUAGCCAAGCAACCUAGACUAGACCGGAGUGCCUCAGUGUGUCUCUUCGUUUACUAUAAGCAACAGUACAAUCAAAUGUAGGUCAUUUACAUUGGUAUCUAACCAUUGUAUUCAUAAUUAUAUUUUUGACGAAUCUCAUAGAACAUUCUUGGUAAAUUCCAGUUUUGGACAGUCACCAAAUAUCCCUUAUAGAAUGGACAGCCAGCUUGAUAACAAAACUUGUGUUUUUGGUUGUUUGACGAAAGUGAUCUUGUCAUGGGCCUGGCUGUGCAUAUAUGGAUUGUUUUACAUUUUCCACUUCUCCCAAACCCCAGGACCAGUGAAAAUGUACAGAAACCUUCCAUGGCCAAAGGUCAAUAAAAAUUGGGAAUUAUAUGGUCCCCACCCAUCAGGGGCCUGCGGAGUAGGGCAAAAAGGGGUCAAAUGGACUGAAAUCGGCUAUAUAUUUUCAGUAAGAUUCUGAAUACAAAUUUAAUGUACAUACUUUGAAUCACAAGAAAUGUUAUCUUUUCAAUGCUUCAUAUGGCAUCAAACCUGGUAAAUUCUAGAUUUAAACAUUGAAGGGAUUGAAAAGCACAUCUUGUAUUGACCUCCAUUACCUAUAAUCAGUUGUCAUGGUCCUAUUUGUUACUCUACCUUCCAUUGUCAAUAUAUGCCAGUAGCAGAUGUGUUAAUUUUGACGAGGUUCCUCAUAACAUAUUUUGUAUUGAAGUUGUGCUUUAGGUUGCUGUUGGCAAGCACGAGGCACAUGUAUCAAGUCCAGCGUAUAGGUACCUUGUAAAAUAAGUGAAGCAAUGCAUGAUUAAUUACAUAAGAGUUGUAUAUAUUGUUUCCCUUCAUUACAUAUGUGAAUCUUUUAUUAGGAAGGUAGAUUGUCAAAUAAUUACUGCAUCGUUAUACCCUCUGCAACAAAGCUAGGGGAUUAUACUGGAAUCAGCUUGUCUGUCCGUCUGUCGUUAGAAAAAAAGGUUUUCUAAAAAUGUAAACACAUUUCAAUGAAACUACACAGGGAUAUUAGGGACGAUAUGUAAAUGUUCAUUAACUUUUGUUUUUGAAGAAAAAAUAGUUGCUAUGGCAGCUUGGUCACAACACAUGUUUUAAACAAAGGCCCAUAGCUCAUCAGUCCUUAGCUGACAUGUAUUAGAAGUCGGUCAAGUGGUGUAACUAAAAUCAAAGCCUAUAAUUUGAUACGUUAUUUGUGUGAAAUAGAAGGGUUUGAGGUAUAGUGUAGACAAAUACAAUGGUACCAUUUUCCAAAACAUUAGUUGUAAUUUGACCGCCAUGGUAACCAAGAAAGCUACUAUACAAGUUACAAUGUAAAUGAUAAGUAGAAGGGUAUUAUUACGUUACAGUUCUAGUAUGAAUUCAGGUGUUAGUAGUAAAUAGGGUUACAACCUGUGGUUGUGACUGUCAUACCUGACGUGUGUCCUCUGAAUCAAGGUGUGUAGUAGCUAUAUAUGGAGGCUAAUUGGAUUUCUGAGAACCUAAGGGUUGUGGCUGUCACAACUGAUGUGUGUCCUGUGAAUUGAGGUAUUUAAUAGCUUUAAACUAGGGAGGAUACUGUCACACCUGAUGUGGGUCCUCUGGAUGGAGGUGUGUAAUAGUAAUAAACUAGUGGAAAUACUGUCGCACCUGAUAUAUGGAGCACUGUGACUUUUACUUUUAGUUUGUUCCAUAUUUUACAUGAUAUCCUUGUAUUUGGAACUUUUUAAUGGAUCGUUUGAAGUCUUAAUUGAUGAUUCUGAAUUAAAAACUUACGUUUAUAUGACCUGAGUAUCAUAUAUGUUUUACUAGUAAUGAAGACAAUGUUUUAUAAAUCAUCCAUUGGUGUAACUUGA